UUGAUGAUGUACCUUCUGUUGACCUAUCUGUGGCCGCUGCCUGUUCUCCACUUCAUGUGGCAGUUGACGGACUGGCACACACCUGAAAGAGGAGGUAGGAGAAGUGCAUUUGUGAGAAACUGGAAAGUGUGGAAGCACGUUAGGGACGACUUCCCAAUGAAGUUAGUGAAAACAGCGGAGUUGAACCCAAACAGAAACUACAUUUUAGGGUGUCACCCUCAUGGGGUGUUCAUUAUCGGAGCCUUUGCCUCGUUUAGCACCGAGGCCUGUGGAUUUAUGGACCUCUUUUCUGGGGUGCGCUCCUGCCUCUGCAUCCCGGGGGGCCUCUUCAAGAUACCCCUCUACAGGGAAUAUGCCAUGGCCACAGGUUGUUGUCCAGUCAGCAAGCCCAGUCUCAAACACCUUCUGUCUCAUAGUGGACAAGGCAAUGCGGUGGUGAUUGUGAUAGGGGGCGCUGCUGAGUCACUGUUGAGCCUGCCUGGGGUCAACACUGUGGUUAUGAAACAGAGGAAAGGCUUCGUCCAGGUGGCCCUGGAGUUUGUGGCUAACCUGGUGCCCGUUUACUCGUAUGGGGAGAACAAUAUGUUCCACCAGGUGAUAUUGUCAGAAGGGAGUGUGGGCUGGAGGUUACAGCAACUCUUUAAGAAGGUUAUGAGCUUUUCCCCAUGUCUGUUUGUAGGUGAACGCCGGUUCUGGUUGUCUUACCACUGCCCGGUCACCACUGUAGUGGGUAGUCCUAUCCCAGUGCCAAAAAGGCCUUCUCCCACUCAGGAGGAGGUGGACCACUAUCAUGGCCUAUACAUGGAAUCCCUGGCUAAGCUCUUCAAUGAACACAAGGCCAGCUGUGGACUGUCAGACAGCCACGAGCCACAGAUCGAAUAG